AUGGUGCUCACGAGGACGAUCCAGCCGCCCAGAGAGCCUCGGGACGCCAGCCUCCACCAUGUUCCCUGCGAUCUUGUCCUGUCCAUCGACGUCUCCGGAAGCAUGAACGCUCCAGCCCCUGCGCCCUCAAAACCGGGCGAGCCGGAUGAAGAAGACGCCGGUCUGUCCGUUCUGGAUCUUGUCAAGCACGCAGCGCGGACAAUCGUGGAGACGCUAGAUGAGAACGACCGCUUGGGGAUUGUAACCUUCGCCCUCCAUUCCAAGGUCGUCCAAGAGCUCACCCCCAUGACCAAUGUGAACAAGGCCACAACACUCGAGAAGAUCAAGGCCAUGAGGCCCGAGGACGUAACUAAUUUGUGGCAUGGUGUUCGUGAUGGCCUCGGCUUGUUCGAGCCCGGUUCAAGCAGCCGAGCCCCCGCCCUGCUAGUCAUGACCGACGGGCUCCCGAAUACGUGCAUUCCAGGCAAGGGAUACGUACCCAGCUUACAACCGAUGAUGCCUCUGCCUGCUACUAUUCACACCUUUGGGUUCGGCUACAGUCUCAAGUCGGGCCUGCUCAAGUCGAUUGCAGAAAUCGGGGGUGGGAAUUACUCGUUUAUUCCUGAUGCCGGGAUGCUCGGAACCGUGUUCAUUCACGCGGUCGCGAACCUUCAGUCCACGUUCGCCACCAACGCCAAACUGCGCCUGACAUAUCCCAGCUACCUAAAGCUGGAGGAGACCACGGGGAAAAGUGUGGUUCAACAAGAGCCUGUGUAUAUUCAAGGCGACGUCCCCGAGCCCCUGAUGUCUCUUACGAUCCCCCUCGGCAACCUUCAAUACGGCCAGUCUCGCGACAUCUACCUCCGCUACGGUGACCUCCUUCCGGCGAUCCAAGCUGCAGCCGCCGCGGGAGGCACUGUUAAUCCGUCUCCUCUGGUAACGGCCAUUCUCGAGCAUCAGGAGUUCACCCCAACAACACACCAAACCGUAGCCCACCAGAACCUCUUCACCUUUCCCCCGCAGCCCGCCCUUGACCCGGCCGAAAUCGCCUAUCACAUUUCCCGGUCCGCCAUCAUCGCCUUCCUCUCCACCUUCUUCCCCCUCAACGCCGAGCUAGAGCACAAAACCCCCCAGAGCGUACCACCCAAUACCUCCAAACGCUUUCGGUCCCUUCUUGCCGACCUUCCUGCUUCCCGGCCGGAAUUUGCUUCCCAUGCCGGAUGCCGCUCCCUCAUGGAGGACCUUCGUGGCCCUCUCCCCGCUGACAUGAGUGAAGACGACGAAGAAUCCGGGUCCAGCGGUGCCAAUACGGACCCCUCAACCUGGUCAGCCCAAAUUCCCCUCGCCCUCCUCGGCCGCGCGGAAUCCUAUGGCGCCUCUCGCUCCUCCAAAUCCCACUUCAAGCGUUGGGGUGCACACUUCCUCCCCGCGCUUGCCGGCGCCCACGCCCGACAGAUCUGCCACUCCUUCAAGGACCCUGGCCCCCUUCAGUACGGCGUGGACAGCCCGUUGUUCAAGAAGUGCAGGGAUCGCCUAGAUGAGGUGUUUGAUACCCUACCGCCGCCGGAAGGGAGCCUGGUGCCGAGACUGGUUCAGAACCCGCCCAGUUAUUCUCCGCCGGCUGGCUACGGGAACGGGGGCGUGAAUUAUAAUGGGAAUGGCCACUCGAUAAUGUCGAUGAGAAGCUAUAAUGAUUCCGCCAGGGGGUGUUUUGCGGGCUGCAUGGGCGUGUUAUUGGCGGACGCAAAGGUCAUUAGAGUGGGGAAGCUCAGAAAAGGGAUGGAGGUGAUCACGCCCCGCGGACCGAGAAAGGUGCAGGCCCUGUUGAGGAUUCCGGUACAGGACAUCGGCAUGUGUCUUGUCCCCGGCCGUAGCGGACCCGAUGUCAACAAAGGAGCCCAGGGACGGAACACCGCGCUGCUGGUCACCCCAUGGCACCCUGUUACGACUAACUCUGAGGGGCCGUGGGUGUUCCCCAAGGAUAUCGCCGUGCGGUCGGUCCGGUACACAGGUGCGGUGUACUCCGUUCUGCUGGAGCGGGACGAGGAUCCAGACGCGCAUGCUAUCUUUGUCGGCGGGGUCUGGGGUGUGGCGAUGGGCCAUGGACUCACUCAGCCCGGUACUAGCCAGGAUGGUGUGCGGGCACACCAGUUCUAUGGUGACUAUGACAAGGUUAGCAGGGCGUUGGCGAGACUGCCGAUGAGAUCGGGCGGCGUGAUGAUGGGCGACUUCCGCAAGCAGUGGCAGCGGCGUGUGCGGUGCCACUUCGACCAGCCCGGCAAGAAGGCCAGCCGCCGUGAGGCGCGCCGCUCGAAGGCCGUUGCGGUCGCUCCCCGCCCGGUCGACAAGCUCCGCCCUGUCGUCCGUUGCCCCACCAUCAAGUACAACCGCCGGACACGCCUCGGCCGUGGUUUCACCCUGUCUGAGCUUAAGGCUGCUGGCAUCCCCAAGCUGUAUGCCCGCACCAUCGGUAUCUCCGUCGAUGCCCGCCGCCAGAACCUCUCGGAGGAGGCCUUCGCGGCCAACGUUGAGCGCCUGAAGGAGUACAAGAACCGCCUCAUCGUCUUCCCCCGCAAGUCCAACAAGCCCAAGAAGGCCGAUACCCCCAAGGACCAGCAGACCGCCGAGACCACACAGCAGAUCCGCGCCUCGUUCGCCAUCUCGCAGCCCGUGGCCGCCGGCCUCUCCGAGAUCUCCAAGAGCGACCUGCCCAGCAACGUCGAGGGCGGUGCCUACAAGGCUCUGCGGAAGGCGAGGUCGGACGCCCGCCUGGUGGGUGUCCGGGAGAAGCGUGCGCGGGAGAAGGCCGAGGCCGAGAACGCCAAGAAAUAG